CAAGAUGCUUUCGCUCGUUCUUUCUGCUGAACUAGAGGGUGUCACUGGCCUCCGGCCUACUGAUACCGAGGAGAACCCGUACUUCUACACCUUCCGUGUGCAAUGCACCUCGUGCCGCGAGAUGCACCCGAACUGGGUCAGCUUCAAUCGCUUUGAACAGCAUGAAAUCCCCGGCAGCCGUGGCGAGGCCAACUUUGUCUGGAAGUGCCGUCUGUGCACCAAAACCCACUCCGCCAGCAUCAUCGCCGGUCCGCACGUCUUCGAAGCCCAGGAGAAGAAGAAAGGCCAGAAGAUUAUCGACUUAGACUGCCGCGGCCUCGAAUUUACCGACUUCAAGCCCGACGGUGAUUGGGAGGUGAAAGGCACCGAGUCUAACACUCCUUUCUCGACUGUUGACCUCUCUGACGGUGAGUGGUAUGAUUACGAUGAGAAGUCUGGAGAGGAGGUUAGCAUCAAGGAGAUUACCUGGACUGUUGGCCGGGCUUGA